AUGGCUAACAAAGCAAGAACCCAUCGAUGGGUUCUCCCUAACGAGACCAAGAACGUGGAAGACGAUUACUUUCUGGGGCAAGUGCUCGGACAAGGACAAUUCGGAACCACUUUCCUCUGUACCCAUAGACAGACGGGUCAAAAGCUUGCCUGCAAAUCCAUACCCAAAAGGAAACUCCUUUGCCAGGAAGAUUACGACGACGUUUUGAGGGAGAUCCAGAUAAUGCAUCACUUGUCGGAAUUCCCCAACGUUGUCCGGAUAGAAGGCACGUACGAGGACUCCAAGAGCGUGCACCUUGUGAUGGAGCUCUGCGAAGGCGGCGAAUUGUUCGAUAGAAUCGUGAAGAAAGGCCACUACAGCGAGAGAGAAGCUGCUAAGCUCAUCAAGACUAUUGUUGGGGUCGUCGAGGCCUGUCACUCCCUUGGGGUGCUCCAUAGAGAUCUCAAGCCUGAGAAUUUCUUGUUCACUUCUUCUCAUGAAGACGCUUCUCUUAAAUCCACCGACUUUGGCCUCUCUGUUUUCGGCAAACCAGGCGACACUUUUUCAGAACUUGUUGGUAGCGCCUACUAUGUGGCACCUGAGGUUUUACAUAAGCAUUACGGCCGUGAAUGUGACGUAUGGAGCGCCGGAGUUAUCCUCUACAUCCUCUUAUGUGGUUUCCCUCCUUUUUGGGCUGAAAGUGAGAUUGGCAUCUUCAGAAGGAUUCUACAGGGGAAGCUGGACUUUGAGACCAACCCUUGGCCUAGCAUUUCAGAGAGUGCCAAGGAUCUUAUCAAGAAAAUGCUUGAGAGCAAUCCACAGAAGAGGCUAACUGCUCAUCAAGUGUUGUGUCACCCUUGGAUUGUGGAUGAUAAGGUUGCUCCGGAUAAGCCAUUGGACUGCGCGGUAGUGUCCCGCCUGAAAAAGUUCUCUGCGAUGAACAAACUUAAGAAGAUGGCUUUACGCGUAAUUGCAGAGAGACUCUCUGUGGAAGAGAUCGGUGGGCUCAAGGAACUGUUCAAAAUGAUAGACACAGAUAACAGCGGGACCAUCACAUUUGAAGAGCUAAAAGACACUAUGAAGCGCGUUGGGUCAGAGCUUAUGGAAUCAGAGAUCCAAGAACUCUUGCGCGCAGCUGAUGUUGAUGAAAGUGGAGCGAUUGACUAUGGAGAGUUCUUAGCUGCAACAAUCCACUUGAACAAGCUGGAGAGAGAGGAGAAUCUAGUGGCUGCAUUCUCCUUCUUUGACAAAGAUUCAAGUGGUUAUAUCACCAUCGACGAGCUUCAGCAAGCAUGGAAGGAGUUUGGUAUAAAGGAUUCACACCUUGAUGAGAUGAUCAAAGACAUUGACCAAGACAAUGAUGGGCAAAUAGACUAUGGAGAAUUUGUGGCAAUGAUGAGGAAAGGAAAUGGCAAUGGAGGGAUUGGCCGGAGAUCAAUGAGGAACACUCUCGACUUUGGAAUUCUUGUUCCUGAUGACUCGAUAUGA